AUGGACAAAUUUAUUGGCGCAACCAGACAAGGUUCACGAUCGCUACAGUGCUCGGGGCAUCCCGGCGUGCACGAAUAUGGCGGAGGGUCAUUGUGUGUUGUGGCUGAUGCGCCUUAUUUCGUCAAUGAGGAUGGGAUAUUUCGGCAGUACAAAGCAAAUAAGGAGCCGGAACUUGUGGUUGCCGGUGAUCGCUUCCAUCGUUUCGCCGAUCUGCACUUUCACAAAGGCAAUUUAUAUACCGUUUACGAAGUUCAUUCUGGAAAAGAGGUGGUGAAUAUGGUGGUAAGAAUUCUGGAAGGGGCAGUCCAGCCGCAGGUUACUGGUGCUGACUUUUAUGCAUUUCCGCGUGUAAGCCCAGACAGCCGGUACUUCUCGUGGAUGGAAUGGAACAUGCCAAAUAUGCCAUGGGACGAGACAGCCGUUGUGGUGGCAUCAAUGAAGAAGGACGGCAAUGUUGGCGAACACCUUUUCCGAAUUAGCCGUGAAGGCGUCAAUUUUCAUUGUCCUGAAUGGACCCCUCUCGGGGAUUUGUGUGUGGUCUCGGAUAGCACAAACUGGUGGAAUGUUUAUAAG